GAUUAUAAGAUUUGCUAAACACUUUAUCUCAUUUGAUUCUAAGAACAACUGUAAGAAUGGUGCUCUUAUUAUUCCAGUUUUACAGAUAAGGAAAAUUAUGUUGAGAUAUAUUAAAUGACUUUCCCUUGAACCUGAUAAAAGUCUGAAGCAAGACUUGAACUUAAAUCUUUCUGAUUAUAUAUCUGAAAAUCAAUCUGCUAUGAUAGUUUCUUAAUAUUAUAUGAAAGAAUAUAGUAUUUUCAUAAAGAUCAAGCUAAGAGUGAGGAAUAAACUGUUAGCAUUUUCUUAUUCCUUUAAUGCAUGAGCUAAUUCUUAGACUCAUAAGACUCAUGAAAUACUGGAAAUUUUAAUUUUUUGUUUAACACAUGAGGAAACUGAGGCUCAAAAAAAUUAGUUUUCUUUCCCAAGGUUGCAAUGCCAGCUCUAGUGGGUACAAAAUCUGCACUUAAGUCCUCUGACCAGUGUGAUAUCUAUUGUGAUAAAUUAUUAAUGUCUAUCAUUUUUAGUAGUGUCUUACUCUUGUGACCCCACUUGUAGUUUUCUAAGUAAAACUACUGGAGUGGUUUAACAUUUCCUUCUCUGCUUAUUUUUCAUAUGUGGAAACUGAGCUAAAGAGGUUAAGUGACUUACCCAGCAUCACAGAGCUAGUAAAAGUCUGAGCCUGGAAGUGAACUCAUGAAGAAGAGUAUUCUUGUCUCUAGGUCCAACACAAUCCCCUGUGCCACCUAGCUUCUUUUAUGUCAUACAUUAGGUAUCUUAACUGUGAACUACCAUGGAAUGAAGGCAGGAAGAAUAGGGGAUGGAAAAAGGAGGAUGGUGAAUAGAAAUGAAAAUAAAAGAUCUUUCUACUUCAGGAUUUAGAGACAGUGCAGUGGAGAGUGAUGAUUUGAGGAUGAGAGGUCCAGAGUUCAAAUUGUAGCUUUCUUUGUCACUUACUAAUUUAUAUAAACUUUGGUAAAUUGCUUAUUUUAUUUGGGCCCCCAUUUCCUCAUCUGUAAAAUAAAGGAUUUAGGCUAUGUGACUUCUAAAAUCCUUUAAACUAUAAAAUUAUGAUCCUAUGAUUUCUAUCCCUUGGAGAACCUGGCUGUAUCACUGAUCUUAUUAAUUAGUUAUCUUUCCCUUUAUAGGUAGACUGGCUUUCACAGCAGUCUUUCCUCCCUGAAUGGAACGCUCUCAUUCUUCAAACAAUGUGACUGAAUUUAUCCUACUGGGACUUACCCAGAAUCCCAGACUACAGAAAAUAUUCUUUGUAGCAUUUUUAUUCAUCUUCCUCUUCACUGCCUUGGCCAACCUGCUCAUUGCAAUCACCAUUGCCUUGAGUCCCACUCUUUCAGCCCCCAUGUACUUCUUCCUUACUUAUUUGUCUUUUAUUGAUGCCUGCUAUACAUCAGUCACCACCCCCAAGAUGAUUAUUGACCUUCUUUAUCAGAGGAGAACUAUUUCCUUCAGUGGUUGUCUCACUCAACUCUUUGUUGAACAUUUUCUUGGAGGCUCAGAAAUCAUUCUCCUCAUUGUCAUGGCCUAUGACCGUUAUGUUGCCAUCUGCAAGCCCUUGCACUACAUGACUAUUAUGCGUCCUCGUAUAUGCCACCUCUUGGUAGUAGUGGUUUGGGUUGGUGGUUUAGUGCAUGCCACUGCCCAGAUCCUCUUCAUGAUCCAUCUCCCCUUCUGUGGCCCCAAUGUCAUUGAUCACUUCAUGUGUGACCUAUUCCCCUUGCUGAAACUGGCCUGCACUGAUACCUACAUGCUGGGUAUGGUUGUUGCUGCUAAUAGUGGAGUAAUGUGCAUGCUGAUUUUUUCCAUGCUUCUUGUGUCUUACAUUGUCAUCUUGCACUCCCUGAAGUCCCACAGUUCAGAGGGGCGACGCAAAGCUCUCUCUACCUGUGGCUCCCACUUCCUUGUGGUUGUCCUGUUCUUUGUCCCCUGUAUCUUCACAUACACACGACCUGUGUGUACUUAUUCUAUUGACAAGUUAGUCACUGUCUUUUUCGCUAUUUUAACCCCUAUGUUGAAUCCUAUAAUCUACACAGUGAGGAACACAGAGGUGAAAAAUGCCAUGAAGAAUUUGUUUCAAAAAAGAGUCACUUCUACAUCCUAGAAAUUCAAGGAGAAUUUUAAUAUUUGCAUGAAUUGAGGCAGAUAAUUUUCUGUGCUUGGAAUGAAGAAGACAUGGACAUUUGG